GUUGCCAGUAGCAACCGAACCGUUUUAAAUACACAACAAACCGCAGUAGUUCAGUUUAUUCCCUUUUCCUGCGAUGCGCUUGCCGCAAAUCUUUCACAGCCUGCACAAGCGUCUUCAAAAAAUGUUCGAAAAGAGAACCGAGGGCGGCGAGAGUGCCACGCCCAGCAUCCAGGACAUCGCCGGUCGACUGGCGGAGGAGCAGCAGCGGCUCCGCCAACUGGAGGCCACCACGGCACCCAAGGAGCGGACACUUCUUGUCUUGGGCAGCAAGUGUGUGGGCAAGACGACGGCCAUCAAUAAGUUCUUUGAUCGCGAGGAACAUGCCACGCGUCCGACUCUGGCACUGGAGUACAGCUUUGGGCGAAGGAUUGGCAGCGGAAAGUCGCCGCAGGUGAUGAAUGUUUGGGAGCUGGGCUCCCUGGACAAUGCCGAGCAGUUGCUGGAAGUACCCAUGCGGACACAUGGACUGCAGCAACUAGCCGUCAUCAUAAUGCUGGAUCUCUCGCAGCCACAGCGAUUCUGGACGGAUUUGGAGUGUGCCUACAAGGGAUUGAGGGAUACGGCGCAGCAGAUGAUGGAGAAGGUAGCACCGGAGCUCAGGGAAAUCCUCGAGCAACGAACAAUGGAGCGAGUGGGUCAGCAAAACAAAGAUCUAGAGAAACUGGACCCACUGCCUUUUCCCGUGGUUAUUGUCGGUGGGAAGUACGAUGUGUUCUCUGGAUUCGAUCCUGCUGUCAGGAAGCACACAUGUCGCUGCUUGCGAUCGAUGGCCCACCUUAUAGGUGGUGCAUUGCUGUUCUAUUCCCAGAAGAUGCCCAAACUGGCCAAGGUACUGAGGGACACCAUCAGCCACAUGGGAUUCGGCAGUCCCGCUCAUCCAUUCCGCUCUCAUGUCGUGGACUUCAACGAGCCACUGUGCAUUUGGUUUGGAACGGACAGUUGGUCGAAAAUUGGUGAUACUGGUGCCCAAAGUGUGGAGCGUAUUGGAGCCACAUUCGGGGUGGAAGUACCGCAGUUGCAGUUGGAGAAGCAAAAGCUACAGGAAACCCCCGAUCCGUCCAAGGAUCCUGGUUUCAAGGAGUCCCUCGUCGAUGAGAUGCGGUCGCAGAAGAACGAGGAACUCGCAGGAUUAAUGAGGGAUGUCCUGCUCCGCGGAAAGUUCGAAAGUGUUCAAACUUAAUAAACUGCUGGGAGUAGGCA